AUGUGCACCCUACUUGCUAUACUUAAUCCUACUAAUUUCUGAUUUAAUGACUCCAAAUGCGUCCAUGAGCUUUUUUUUUUUAACCGUUUUAGCACGUAAACUGUUUCGAAAGUGAACGACAGCGCCCUUUGCCCUAUCACAUUUGUUCGAUCCUCACUCUGGUGCACAACACAUUACAAAAGUAUUUCGAUUUUAAUAUUAAAAAGGCCCUUUUUAUACUUACGCACAACAGAAAUUGAGUGAUUUCAAACCGUUUUUUUUUAUUUAUAUUUGUGCGUACAAAGAUAGUUGCAAAUCACAGGUGGGCGUGGCGCAGCACAGGUGAGCCGUCCGAUGCGGAAGUAAGCUACGCGUUUUAGUGUUUUGUUUGGUAUAAACGAAAAAGGACGCCGCCCGCAGUUUACUGUGUACACAAACAAAGAUGCCGGAGCGGAGCGGACACCGACCGGGGAGCGACGCCCACGUGGAUUACAAGCGUUCCCCUCGCUUCGAUAAGUAUCACGGCGGAGAUCGCGAAGAAAAGCCCGGCGUCGCUGACGGGCGAGCUUCUGCUGGUGACAGGAGGCCCAGACAAAGGGACAUGACAAGUACCUCUCAAGCCGCUUUCAGAGAACACCACCAUCAAAGACCUUCAAAACCGUAUGGAUCAUCUUCAGCGUAUUCCUCCGAGGGUGAAUAUCACGAGCGGCAACCCAGAGAAGCUCUUUACAAUCUCCGUUACGUCCUCACCAGUCGAGGCCUUUGCCAGCUGAUGGAGGCCUUCGUCAACCUUCUGAUCGUCAUCUGCGCCGGCGUGCCUCACAGCAACAACGGCGGCUAUCGCGACCUGGCCAGCCUGGGCGGCAUCUACCACUAUCACUUCGGGGGAGCCGGCGCCUUCCACGGCACCGACGCGGAACGCGUGCAGGAACUGGACCGGUUGUUCAAUGAGCUCAAGAGGCCGCCGUACGCCUUCGCCAUGGCGUGCGGGGGGAUCGUUAUGAUCUACGCCCUGGUUAUGCUCGCCCUGGGUGUUUUCCGAGUGCCUUACCGCUAUCCGCCAGUCCUGCUGGGAGAAGCUCUGGUCGACCUGCUGGUGGGCUUGGGCUACAUCGCCGGCUUGGCCUUCUUCUUCAUCAGAGUGCAGGAAACCUACGACGACCCCGUCUGCCGGGAGAGGGAGCGCAUGUACAAGAGCAAAGGUCACAAGGGCUUCGAGUGCCAGUUUCACGGCGCCGACAUCGCCGGGGGCCUGUUCGGCGCGCUGGGCCUGGUCGCGUUUAUCUCAGGGGCCGCGUUGGCCGUCAGAGCUUUCCGCGCCGUGCGGGAGAUGAAGAAGCAAAAGGGCAAUAAUCAGGAUAACCCCUUUUGAUUGUAGUUGGACCAUGAACAUUAGACUUUUUAUGAAUCAAUCAAUAUUUGAGUCACACUGAAUCUGUGAAUCUUUUAUCGACUGAACUUCUGUUUAAAUUGUUUCUCAUGCUAUUUUCGAAUAGAAAGGACAAGCUCUGCUGCAGAAAGUGAGCCAACUAAAAAAAAAAAAAAAUUACCGUAAUUCCCGGCCUACAGAGCGCACCCGGUGAUAAGCCUCAGUCGGUACACAGAAAGAGUUUAACGCUAAGGCGGCAAUGCUAAACGUGGCGACGUUAACACUAGCUAGCGCGGCAGCUGUGAAAAAAGUCGCGGCUUGUAGGCCGGGAAUUACAUUACAUUUUUUUCGUAAGUCAUCUGUUUUUUUUUUCUCGCCCAAAAUGAUUUUGGAUAAUUUUGCAUUGCUGGAUCCGAACAUGACUUAUCAGAUUCUUUUGUUCAGGACAGACUUUUAUGCCAAGUUCUUCCCGGUUUAUUAAUCAAAUGUGACAAACAAAGUUGCCAACUGUUGAUCGAAUAGUCGACAUCAUUAAAAAUAAGUACUUCAAAAAUGAAUCUUACAUCAUUAUCGUUGAAAAUGCAGGGCAUGGACCACUCGUGAAAAUACCUGGAUAUAUGGACAAAAUGUAAAAAAAAAAAUUGCCAUACUUCAAAAUGUUGAGCUAAUUCAACAAAGAAAGCUUGAUAUUUGGAUUCAGCGCAUCAUAAAUUUUCCUAAAUCAAUUAGAAAUCUUAGACAACAUUUUUUGUUGCUGACCUGUAUAAUUGACCCCCCCCCCUGCCCCUCCAAAAAAUGUUUAUAAUUUCCUAAAGUUACCACAAAGUGCUGACCAAAGCAUUACAUGAAACUCCUCAACUCACCUCAACAUAAUCGCUUCUCACCAGGACGCCACAAACAUAUUUUAUAUUAGAAACAGAGCAGUUGCAAAUAUGCAGGGUAACACUAUUGUGGCAUUUUUAUUUUGUCUUUUGUAUUGUUUACGUACUUGUGUAUUGUUUAUUAUUUUCUUAGCUGUACCUACAUAUUUUACCCCAUAUUAUUAAUAAAUAAAUACUCCAAGAGCAUCUUCCGAGUGAGGGUUAGGGUAUUUCUGCGUUUUACCACUAGAUGGCAGAUGUACUGCGUUCAGUUUGUAAUGUAAAUAUUGAACAUGUAACCUUUUUGUUUUUGUCACGGUUUUAUUUUCAGUAUGUGGACAACUCGAAAUGGACUCUUCUUCACAAAUGCCAAUCUAUGAUCAUAUUCAGGAGUGUUAAAAUAAUCAAAAGAACCUGACAAAAAUAGGAU